AAUCAAAUUGAAAAUUAUUAUGUAUAUGAAAAGAACCUGAAUAUCAAUUUUAUUAGAGUCAGAACGAUUCCGAAGGCGAAUAUUCUUAGAGUUUACCGCACGCAGACCAAGUUUGCGAUAUGGGUUCCUUCAAAUCCUCGUGGUGCUGAAAUGUUGCCACCGGGUAUUGUUGCUGCUGAAUCAGACUUUUAUUUGCGCAGAUUAUGGGGGUUACCGCAUGAGGAUUUGACCAGCCAACCAAGAUACCUUGUAACGUUUACAGUGGGUAUUAAUCAGAAAGAAAAUAUUGAUGCUUGUGUCAAGAAGUUUUCAGGGAAUGAGUUUGAAUGGUCGAAGACUGCUAUACACAUUAGCGUGCGAAAGCAGACAAAAUGGUGGUAUGCAAAGAGGUUUUUGCACCCUGAUAUUGUAGCACGAUAUGAUUAUAUAUUCAUCUGGGAUGAAGACCUUGGGGUACAUAAAGCUGGUGAAGAAGCUUUGAAUCUUUUCAGGAUAACAGAAGAAAGACCUGGAUGGUGUUCAGAUCCUCAUCUCCCUCCGUGUGCUGCAUUCGUCGAGAUCAUGGCUCCUGUAUUUUCAAGAGAUGCUUGGCGAUGCGUUUGGCACGUGAUCCAGAAUGAUUUGGUUCACGGUUGGGGACUUGAUUUUGCACUCAGAAGAUGUGUUGAGCCUGCACAUGAGAAGAUAGGAGUCGUAGAUGCUCAGUGGGUUGUUCAUCAAUCUUUUCCUUCCCUUGGCAACCAAGGUGAGGCAACGGACGGGAAAGCGCCAUGGCAAGGGGUGAGGGAAAGAUGCAAAAAGGAAUGGACAAUGUUCCAGAGUAGAAUGGCUAACGCGGAGAAGGAUUAUUUCAAAUCCUUACAAGUAGAAGGCUCCUCAAAUUCAACAGCAACAACCAUUUAAAAUAGGAGAGUACUUUAAGUAGCCACAAGCUGACAGAUUCAGUUUUACUAGUGCGAUAUAUCUUGCAUUUACAUAUAGAGUUCUGUAUAUGUUAAUGUAGUAGAUAUUACCCAUCACUACAAAAUCAUCACCAUUUUCCAUCGAAUAAACAAAAAAGAUGAAUGUUUUGAUCCAGUAUAAAGCACUUGUGUAUAU